AGCGUCCCCGAAAAUCCGUGCUACAGGGCACAGUCACGACGUAGUCACGGAGUUUCCCAGAGUGGUGCGGGUCUGUCGGAGGUAAACACAGAGUCACUUCAUGGUACGCUGUACAAAGGACAUGGUGACUUUCCACAGGUUUGGAGGCGGAGCUGAGACAGAAGAGGCCACUCGAGCCCAGGCCACACUCACCAACUGACAGCUCCUUGCAUCUUAUACACUCAGAGCAGAAGCAGAGAAUGGUCAGCCUGCUGGUCCGCACCAGAGUCCCACACCCCAACACCUCUGCCUGGCAGAUGAAGCCCUGGCCUUCACAGCUGACUUCCUGAAGGCUGUCACAGACCGGAUGACGAGGUGACAACAGGCUUUCCAGAGUUCACGGCAGCUGUACCCACAGCUCCAUGGCCACUCACUUGUUCCUCCUGGGCCUUUUCCUGCUGCUGCCACCACCUGUCCCCGCUCCCUGCUACACUGCCCCUCGGUCGGAAUGCAAGGAGAAGCGCAAGUUCGUGCCAGGGGCAUGGUUGGCUGGGGAAGGUGUGGACGUGACCACCCUCCGCCGCUCCGGCUCCUUCCCAGUGAACACAAUGAAUUUCCUGAGGCCUGACCGCACUUGCACCCUCUGUAAAAAUGCCCUGCAAAAAGAUGCUAUACAACGCCUGCCUCUGGCCAUUGCCCACUGGCGGCCUCACAGCUCAAGCUGCCAGCGUAAAGUGGCCACAGCCAAAGUCAGCUCGACCGAGGGUGUGGCCCGGGAUGCAGCUGCUAACAUCAAUAAUGACUGGCGUGUGGGCCUGGAUGUGAACCCCAAGCCCGAGGCAAGCAUGCGCGUGUCCAUGGCUGGCUCCCACUCCCAGGUAGCCAACUUUGCAACCGAGAAGACCCAUCAGGACCAGUACAGCUUUAAUUCUGACGCAGUGGAGUGUCACCUGUACAGUUUUCGCCUGGUCCAAAAACCCCCACUGCACCCUGAUUUCAGAAGAGCACUUAGGAGGCUUCCCCCCAACUUCAACACCUCCACGAAGGAUGCUUAUGACAGGCUCAUCUCAUCCUAUGGCACCCACUUUAUUACGGCUAUGAACCUAGGUGGCCGUGUCUCGGUCCUCACAGCCCUGCGCACAUGUCAGCUGACCCUGGAAGGGCUCACCGCUGACGAGGUAGGAGACUGCCUGAACGUGGAGGCCCAGGUCAGCAUCGGUGCCCAGGCCAGUGCCUCCAGUGAGUACAAAGCCUGCGAGGAGAAGAAGAAACAGCACAAGAUGACCACCUCUUUCCACCAGGCCUACCGAGAGCGUCAAGUCGACGUGGUCGGCGGCCAACUCGAUUCCACGCAAGACCUGCUCUUCGGGAACCAGGCUACCCCCGAACAGUUCUCAACCUGGAUAACCUCGCUGGUCAGCAGCCCUGGACUGGUGGAUUACAGCCUGGAGUCCCUGCACGUGCUGGUGGAAGAUGUGGACCCGAGGCGGGAGGCACUGAGACAGGCUAUCAGCCAUUAUGUGGUAGGCAGGGCUCGUUGGCAGAACUGUAACCGACCCUGUAGGGUAGGCCAGCAUAGGAACACACGGGACUCAUGCCAAUGCGUAUGCCACAACUCGAAGACCACCAACCAGGACUGCUGUCCACGCCAGAGGGGCUUGGCCCACCUGCUGGUGACCAAUUUCCAGGCAAAGGGUCUGUGGGGAGACUAUGUUACAGCCUCUGAUGCCUAUGUGAAGGUCUUCUUUGGCGGCCAGGAGCUGAGGACCAGCACAGUGUGGAACAAUAACCACCCCAAGUGGACUGACAAGCUGGACUUUGGGGAUGUGCUCCUGGCCACAGGCGGACCCCUGAGGGUGCAGGUCUGGGAUGCUGACAAUGGCUGGGACGAUGACCUUCUUGGUUCUUGUGACAGGUCUCCCAAGGCUGGUAACCAUGUGACGACCUGUAACCUGAACCAUGGCAGUAUUACAUUCCACUAUAAAGUCGACUGUUUAAUCCACCUGACUGGACAGACCUGCCUGGAGUAUGCCCCCGUGAGCUACCUAGGAGAUCCUCCAGGAAACCGUAGUGGGGCUGUGUGGUAAUAAAUAAAUAAAUAAAUAAAUAAAUA